AUGUACUACAGCAGUGGCAAUUACGAGGCGUUCGCCAGACCGCUCAAACCGGAUGGCAUUGAUACCAAGCAUGCCUGGAUUGUCGGCUCUGGAUUGGCAGGCCUCUCAACUGCAGCAUUUUUGCUCCGGGAUGCCCAGAUGCCUGGAGAAAACAUCACAAUUCUGGAAGAAUCACAUCUCCCGGGCGGUGCAUUGGACGGACUUGACAUUCCCGAAAAGGGAUUCGUUAUCCGCGGUGGACGGGAGAUGGAAUCUCACUUUGAGUGCCUUUGGGACCUUUUUCGUUCCGUUCCAUCUAUUGAGGAACAAGGUGCGAGCGUUCUCGACGAGUUCUAUUGGCUGAACAAGCGCGACCCAAACAUAUCACUACAAAGGGCGACCGAACGACAAGGUCAGGAUGCUGACACCGGUACUCUUUUCACAUUAAGUGACAAGUCGCAGAAAGAGAUGAUCAAGUUAUUCCUCGCCACACGGAAAGAUGUCGAAGACAAAAGAAUCGACCAGGUUUUCAGCGGGGACUUUUUCAAGAGCAAUUUUUGGUUAUACUGGCAGACAAUGUUCGCCUUUCAGACGUGGCACUCCGCACUGGAGAUGAAACUAUACCUUCACCGGUUUGUGAACCACAUUCAAGGACUGCCCGACUUCUCAACUCUCAAGUUUACCAAAUUCAACCAAUAUGAGUCGCUCGUUCUUCCGCUACGAGGUUGGCUUGAAUCACAUGGGGUGAAGUUUCAGUACCACACGAAAGUGUUAGAUGUGGACUUCAAAGUGUCAGUGAACGAGAAAGAAGCGACCAUAAUUCACUGGUUGGAGAAGGGAAAGGAGGGCGGGCAGGACCUCGAGCUCAACGACCUCCUUUUCAUGACCAUCGGUUCCCUCACCGAGAACUCCGACCUCGGGGAUCAUCGAACCCCAGCUGUUUUAAGGGAUGGACCGGCUCCCGCCUGGGACCUUUGGCGACGAAUUGCCGCCAAAGACAUAGAUUUUGGACGGCCAGAGGUGUUCUGUGGAGACAUUUCUCGAACGAAAUGGCAAUCCGCGACAGUUACGACACUCGAUUCGCGCAUUCCACAAUACAUACAGAAGAUAUGUCGACGAGAUCCUUUCAGUGGAAAAGUGGUGACAGGAGGUAUCGUUACCGCGCGUGAUUCAAACUGGAUGAUGAGCUGGACCGUCAAUCGUCAGCCACACUUCAAAAAGCAGCCCAAGGAUCAGAUUGUUGUCUGGCUAUAUGGGCUUCUCGUCGAACAGCCCGGAAAUUACGUCAAGAAGGCCAUGCAAGAGUGUACCGGCGAGGAGAUCACACAAGAGUGGUUGUAUCACCUGGGCGUUCCCCAAUCGGAAAUAUCCUCGCUGGCCGCUUCGGGUGCGAGAUGCGUACCGGUCAUGAUGCCUUACGUCACGUCCUUCUUCAUGCCACGCAAGAAGGGCGAUCGGCCAAGCGUCGUGCCAGAAGGGGCACGCAAUUUUGCCUUUAUUGGGCAGUUCGCCGAGACGACGAGGGAUACGAUAUUCACCACUGAGUACUCCGUACGGACUGGUAUGGAGGCAGUGUACCAACUCGCAGGAGUUGAUCGAGGAGUGCCGGAAGUUUUUGCAUCGACAUAUGACAUCAGGCACCUGCUCCGCGCUGCUUGUAGUCUACGAGAUGGAAAGGAGCUGGCCACUUGGGUACCCGACAGGAUACGAAAACUUCUCGUUGAAAAGUUAGAAGGUUCCGAGGUCGGACAGUUAUUGCAUGAGUAUCACCUCAUUUAA